AUGCAGUUCUCCAAGGUCGUUGCCUUCGCCUUCUUGGUUGGCUCUUCCCUAGUUCUUGGUUCUACCGUCCCGGAGAAGCGCGUCUUCACCAACAAUGGCGUCACUUUCCGUGGUGAGGUCAAUGGCCAUGCUUUUGAGGAGACUGGCACUGUUCAGGAAGUCUGGGCUACGCUCAAGGCUCGUCAUCCGGAGUUUGAGCUCGAUGCUACUGCUGUUGCUGAGCGCAAGGAGAAGCGUGACAAGGUCCUUCCUCCUCUCUGCAUCCCGGUUGCUGGUCAAGACUGGAACUUCGCUGAAGCCGCCGCUAUCGACGAUGGUAUCAACUACCUCAAGGGCCUCAAGUCAACCUUGAGCAUCGCAGGCAACACCUGUAGCCGCAUCUCCUGCAGCUAUAACUCCGCUAUUCACUGGUGCAAUGACAAUAACGGCGAGGUUUCCGCUGACUCCGGCUAUCUCGCUUCCUUCGCUCAGGACCUCCAGGAUCAUUGCCAGCACUGUAUCAGUUCCGGCCAUAGUUUCUUCUGCGUCGUUGGCGGUCAGGAGUUCGAGGACGAUGAGCACUACAACGUCAUUGUUCGCGAUGCUUCUUGCUAA